ACCAUGAACCCAGACCUGCGCAGGGAGCGGGCCGGCGCCAGCUUCAACCCCGAGCUGCUCACCAACGUGCUGGACGGCAGCCCCGAAAGCACUCGUCGCCGGCGGGAGAUCGAGAACUUGAUCCUGAACGACCCCGACUUCCAGCAUGAGGACCCGAACUUCCUAAGUCGCAGCCAGCGCUAUGAGGUGGCGGUCAGGAAGAGCUCCAACAUGGUGAAGAAGAUGAGAGAAUUCCACAUCGCAGACCCUGAGGAAAUUAUGUGGUUUAAAAAACUGCAUUUGGUCAAUUUUGUGGAACCUGUGGGCCUCAAUUACUCCAUGUUUAUUCCCACCUUGAUGAAUCUGGGCACCACUGCUCAGCAGGAGAAAUGGCUGUCUCCAUCCCAAGACCUCCAGAUAAUUGGCACCUACGCCCAGACGGAAAUGGGCCACGGGACUCAUCUUCGAGGAUUGGAAACCACAGCCACUUACGAUCCCGAAACCCAAGAGUUCAUCCUCAACAGUCCUACUGUAACCUCCAUUAAGUGGUGGCCGGGUGGACUUGGAAAGACUUCAAAUCACGCAAUAGUUCUUGCCCAGCUCAUCACUAAAGGGAAAUGCUAUGGACUCCAUGCCUUCAUUGUGCCUAUCCGAGAAAUCGGGACCCACAAGCCUUUGCCAGGUAUUACUGUUGGCGACAUUGGCCCCAAAUUUGGUUAUGAUGAGAUGGAUAACGGCUACCUGAAGAUGGACAACUAUCGGAUCCCCAGAGAAAACAUGCUCAUGAAGUAUGCCCAGGUGAAGCCUGAUGGCACGUACGUGAAACCCCUGAGCAAUAAGCUGACCUAUGGGACCAUGGUGUUUGUCAGAUCCUUCCUCGUGGGAGAGGCCGCGCGGGCCCUGUCCAAGGCCUGCACCAUUGCCAUCCGGUACAGCGCUGUGCGGCACCAAUCUGAGAUCAAGCCAAAUGAGCCGGAACCCCAGAUUCUGGAUUUUCAGACCCAGCAGUAUAAACUCUUUCCACUCCUGGCCACUGCCUAUGCCUUCCAGUUCGUAGGCGCCUACAUGAAGGAGACCUAUCAUCGGAUCAAUGAAGACAUCGGCCAGGGGGACCUGAGUGAGCUGCCUGAGCUCCACGCCCUCACUGCCGGCCUUAAGGCUUUCACCUCCUGGACUGCUAACGCGGCCAUCGAAGCAUGCCGGAUGGCUUGUGGAGGGCAUGGCUACUCUCACUGCAGCGGCCUUCCCAACAUUUAUGUCAACUUCACCCCAACCUGCACCUUUGAGGGAGAGAACACGGUCAUGAUGCUUCAGACAGCGAGGUUCCUGAUGAAGAGUUACGACCAGGUACAGUCGGGAAAAUUGGUGUGUGGCAUGGUGUCCUACUUGAAUGACCUACCCAGUCAGCGCAUCCAGCCUCAGCAGGUGGCCGUCUGGCCCACCGUGGUGGACAUCAGCUGCCCCGACAGCCUGACGGAAGCCUAUAAACUCCGUGCAGCCAGAUUAGUAGAAAUUGCUGCAAAAACCCUCCAAGUGGAAGUGAGUCACAGGAAGAGCAAGGAGGUAGCCUGGAACCUCACCUCCGUGGACCUGGUCCGCGCAAGCGAGGCACAUUGCCACUAUGUGGCAGUUAAGCUCUUUUCAGAAAAGCUCCACAAAAUUCAGGAGAGCUCCGUCCACGCCGUCCUGAGGAAUUUGUGCCUCCUGUACGCUCUGUAUGGGAUCAGUCAGCAUGCUGGAGACUUUCUUCAGGGCAGCAUCUUGACAGAUUCUCAGAUGAACCAGGUGAACCAACGGAUCAAGGAGCUGCUGACCGUCAUCCGCCCUGACGCCAUUGCCCUGGUUGACGCAUUUGAUUUUAAAGACAUGACCCUCGGCUCUGUGCUGGGCCGCUAUGAUGGCAAUGUCUAUGAAAACUUGUUUGAGUGGGCCAAGAAAUCCCCGCUGAACAAAGCACAGGUCCAUGAAUCCUACCACAAGUACCUGAAACCGCUGCAGUCCAAGUUGUGA